AUGGCCAUUAUCGAAUCAAACAACCGCCAUGCUGAAGCUAGUCGCAAGACUCUGGCCUAUCUCAAGGAACUGUCGGAUUCUCUUGACGGUUGGGACUUCAAGUCUGAAAAUAACGGUGUCAAACUUUACAGUAAGACCGUAAAGGGACAGCCACUCCCUGUUGUUCGUGGUGACGCCAUACUUCCCGGAAAUGAAUACACUCCUGCCCAAGUGGCUUCUGCUGCUACCUCACCAGGAAGCCGCAAAGUUUGGGACGACAAAUUCGAUUCUGUGGAGGUUAGAGAGGUCUACACUUUCCGCGAGCUUCUCCUCUGGACCAAAGUCAAGGCUCCUUGGCCGUUGAGCCCGCGAGAUAUGUGCACAACGAUUAUACGGGACAUAAGCGACGACGCUGCCUAUAGCUCUUUGGUCUCAGUUGAGGAUGCUGCUAUCCCGGAAGUGGACGGAAACGUCCGUGUCACUCUUCCCCUCUCAGGAUGGAAGGUCACUAAUGGCCCAGAGGGUAUCGUCCUGACCAAUGUUUCACAAAUCGGUACGACAGGUCCCGUUCCUAAGGCUCUCAUUGUUAGUGUUCAACAACAAAUUCCUAUGGCUACAGCAAAAGUCAUCAAUUAUGUACAAACUUACGGCUAUCCUCCCUACAUUAUUGAUACCACGGCUAUCACCGGAAAGGAACAAUUCACACACAACGACAAGAAAUACAGUAUAGAGAUUAAAAGUGGCGAAGUUGAUUCCUUUGUCAAGAUCGACAUCAGCAAAAAACUUUAUCCAAACGGUAUAAAUGUCAGCAUCAAUGGCUCUGCCACUCACAAAAUUGAGGACGGCGCAAAUGGAAACAAAGUUCUCGUCAUUGAGAGCAUUGGUGGCUCUGCCACCGCUGUUGUUACUCAUGCUUGA